GGGCUCCUGCCUUAUAAGUGAGCUGCUGAACUUUGCCACUUUCUUUGGAACUCCUGAGACACCGUUAUCUUCCCACCUGCCGCGAUGUGGCUCCCAGGAAUAGGGCUUUGGCUGGGGUUGGCCUUCUCCGGUGCCGUCAUUCCAGUUGAAGAGGAGAAGCCAGACUUCUGGAAUAAGCAAGCCUCCAAGGCCAUCCAAAAUGCCCUGAAACUUCAGCCACGGCAUUACCAAGCAAAGAACCUCAUCCUCUUCCUGGGAGAUGGAAUGGGCCUUCCCACCAUCACUGCCACACGGAUCUUGAAAGGCCAGAUGCAGAGCCACCUGGGUCCUGAAACGCCCCUGACUAUGGACAGCUUUCCCUAUGUGGCUCUUUCGAAGACGUACAACGUGGACCGGCAAGUGCCAGACAGCGCCGGCACAGCCACUGCCUACCUCUGUGGGGUGAAGAGCAACUAUCGAACCAUUGGACUGAAUGCAGCUUCGCGGUAUAAGCAAUGCAAUACAACAGCAGGCAAUGAAGUGAUCUCGGUGGUAAAGAGGGCCCAACUAGCUGGUAAAUCUGUUGGGAUUGUGACCACCACCCGGGUCCAGCAUGCAUCGCCUGCUGGGACCUAUGCUCAUGUGGCAAGCCGGAACUGGUAUGCUGACUCCAGCAUGCCCCAGUCUGCCAUCAGGGGAGGCUGCAAGGAUAUCUCUGUACAACUUGUGGAAAAUGUUAACUUCACGGUGAUCUUGGGUGGAGGCAGGAUGUAUAUGUCCCCGGCAGGAACUCCGGACCCUGAAUACCCUUCCAACCCACUUCAUGUUGGCCUCCGCAAGGAUAACCGUAGCCUCAUAACUGAGUGGCUGAAGGCUUCUCCAGGCUCCAAAUAUGUCUGGAACAAAACAGACCUUUUGGCAGCUGCCGAUGACCCGAAUGUGAGCCGCCUCAUGGGUCUCUUUGAACCCAAGGACAUGCAAUAUGAGCUGAAGCGCACUAACGACCCAUCUCUCAUAGAGAUGAUAGAAGUUGCAAUCAAGCUGCUCAAACGCAACCCCAAGGGUUUCUACCUUUUCGUUGAAGGAGGUAACAUCGACCUGGCACACCACAGUGGCCUUGCCAAGCGUGCUCUGACGGAGGCGGUAGUGUUCGAUAAGGCCAUCCAGCGGGUAGGAGAACUGACGGAUGAAGAUGAGACUCUGAGCGUGGUGACCGCCGACCACUCCCAUGUCUUCAGCUUUGGUGGCUACACGUUGAGGGGCACCUCCAUCUUCGGCUUAGCCCCUGAACUGGCAGAUGACAACAAGACAUAUACGUCCAUUGUGUAUGGGAAUGGGCCAGGCUACCAGAUCACUGAAGGGGGACGUCCCAAUGUGGAUGCAGAAGAGAGUGAGGGUGACGAAUACCACCAACAAGCCACCGUCCCCCUUUCCUCGGAGACCCACGGAGGAGAAGACGUGGCUAUCUUUGCCAAGGGUCCAAUGGCUCAUCUCUUCCACGGGGUCCAAGAACAGACAUACGUUGCCCAUCUUAUGGCCUACGCUGCCUGCAUAGAACCAUAUGAGGACUGCGACCUGCCACGAUUGAACUCCGCCAGUGUUGCCAAGCCCACAUCUGUGCUUCUCCUCCUCAUCUCCUUACUCCUUUGGGGUUGAUAGCCUUCCUCUGAACAAUAUGGAGACCGUCACAUGCCACUUUAUUCUGUCAUCCGGGUAGUUCUUCCCUCUCCAAUGCCACAUGGAGUAUUGUUUCAGUCAGCUUGCCUUCAAAGUCUCUAGCUUGUUGAAAAAUUGUCUUCUGUUUUGUUCUCUCACUGGGAAGGUUAUCUCAUGUGUCAGAUUAGGAUUGUAGGCAUCACCUG